UGAGAACAGGCAGCCAGGUAGGCUAUUGAGACAAAAGGCUGUGCAUAAAUUCACAAGGAAGGUAGACUCUGCAGAGCCAAAACAGUGUGGAAAACCACCUGUCUUGGGAACAAAAAAUAUAGGGAACAACUUUGUCAUUGCUUAGAGUCAAGAUGUUAGGAGGAAUUCUCUGAAGUAAAAUAUGGGAGAGGGGUAGGAUAUGGCAGUGUAAGGGUGUAGAGUUUGGUUGAGGUGACAAUUCAAGGUGGCCUUAUCUUCUCACAGGAAACAAUACAGAAACACAGCAGUGCCUUCACUAUGUAAUUUCUGCCACAGAGCUGUACUUAGGAUAUUGAGUCUGUCUUGACUUACGUGCUGUCAAGAUUUAUCCAACUUAAAUAGCUUCUGGGAAAGAACUUCAACUCAGGAGGAAGAUGAAAGAUUGCGUCACUGAAGAACAUUUAUAUUUGGCUUUUUCUCAUCAGUACAGAGAGAGUAUCUUUCCUCUUCAUACAUCUAUCUCCCUGUUUUUGCUAUCCUACUGUGACUGCAAAUUAUUUAAGAUUUUCCUAGUGCCAACUGGCGAAGAUGUGGGUGAUCAGUGUGUGACGAAAAACCUCCCUGGCGAUCUUGAGGUGCAUUUAAUCUCCAGGUGUCAGCUUCCAGAGGUUGUGCAGAGCUGCAGUUUACCUGCAGUUGUCGUGAAAGAUGGCAAAUUCUGCCGAGCUGGGCUUUCUGUUGUCUUAAGACAUAUAAUACAGAAAACAUACGAGGCAGAUCCAUCUAAAAAGGAUGUUUUGGAACUCUUGGGCUUUAAGAAGACUUGCUUAAAAGCUUGUGCUGAAGUUAGCCAGUGGACCAGACUUUGUGAGAUCAGCAUUCCUCUGGCUGUGGAAAGGUUUUUGACGGCAUCUCCUGAGCACUGUCAGGCCAUUCCUCCUGACAUUUUACAGUUUGAAAGGAAGCUUGGAGAACCUGUCCGAGUACAUAAUGAUGACAAAAUUCGUAGGCAAAAACUUCAACAGCAGAAGGCAGGUGCCAAGGCUGCAGUGCCCAUACUUGGUGAAGAAGCAGAAAGGGAAUUAAAAGCAGGGGAAGUGCAUGAGCAUCCACCCCCAAGUUUGGAACUGAGUUUAGCUUUCUCCAAGCUGCUUGUCCAGGAAGCAUCAGAUGCAGUCAACAGAGAGGCCUCCCACAUCAGGAGAACAAAAACUUCUGACCUUCCGCUGUUGGACCACAUCUUUGCAGAAGGGCUUUAUUUUACUGUGGCAGAUAUAGUGCUAUUGCCAUGCAUCCAUCAGUUCUUGGUUUCCAGCAAGAAACAAGGCAGAAACCUGGUAAAUUUACCACUGAUAUCCACUUGGUAUCGAAGAGUUCAAGAAGUACCUGGAGUAAGGAAAGCUGCUGGCAAAUGCAAUAUGGAGCUUCUCCAGCUUCCAGAGUUGAUGUCUGCUCCAGAGGAACAGGCACAGGACUUCUCUUCAGUUCCUGAUGAGUUAGAAGAGGAGAACGAAGACAGUCAUUUUAUAGGUGGUCCAAGGCCAACUAUGACUAAGUUAAUGGAAAAUGGAAUUGAAGCAAAGUUUUUUCCCCAUCCAUGCCCCAACUGGACCCUAGACUGGACCAGUUUACCGUCUGCAGUCAGUCCUGGGGAAGGUAAGAGGUUUUAUGUACAUGUGUGCAUAUUUAACAGUGCCUUCUUCUGGUGAAGCCAUUUAACUGUU